UUGUAGUAUUCAACUGUCGGCGAGAAUGGAGAACUGGGUUUGGUACAACUGACGACGAUCAUUUCCAUGACCAGGUUUUCGCUUUUUGUAACUAUUCCUUCUCUACCUUGAUACCUUGAUGUAUGAUAGCUACCUGUAGAGCUGUUAGAGCUGUUUACCGAAGUACAACCCGUUCGACGUUCGUUCAUUUCAGCGUGAAAUUCUAGUUCGGUUUGUACGAACGUAUUGUCUCGUGUUCGCGUUGUUUUCUUUUUGCGAUCAUUCAUUGUGAUGUAGUUCCGUUUUUUUCGCCGUAUUGUUCCAAAAGCCGGUGUUUUUUGCGCGAUAAUUGCAUUAUUUUGUGUAUCGUCGUCGUCUCAGUGUUCUUCUUAUGUGCUGUGGUGAUAUUUUACUUUAUUCGAGUGACAUGUGCGUGUUGUGUUCGAAAAAUAACUUUCCCGGUUUAUACCAUCUCAGAUGAAGUUGCUGAAUAAAUGCUAUAACAAAACAAAAUGACGACGACUGAAGAAAACGCUAACGAAAGCCUGCCCGAUGAACGAAACAAUGAUAAAAAUAUCGAGGCGAAACAGCCAUUAACAAAUGGCAUACACGAUCAGCCGCAAAUUAAAAUCAAAGGUGGCACUGAUACAACGGAUGAUGCCUCGUACCAUCCAGACGACUUGGAAGAUCCUUUGAAUGCUAUGUUAGCGAAAAGAAAUAAAAAGCGUAAAUACAGAACGUACGAUAACGGUAAAAAAAAUCGUAUAAAUCUUUCACCUUUGAAGUCGAAUGGAAUUCGCAUUGAAAAAAUAAUUAAACAGAAGACGGGACUUACGCGAACUGGUUUAGUUUUAGCUGUCUUGUGUAUUAUAUUAGCGAUUUCUUUAUUAGUGUGUUUAAUUUUAUGGCCUAAAACGUCGCAUUCAAAGGAAUAUCCAGUCUGCGCAAAACCCUCGUGUUUGAGGUCUUCGGCUGAGAUAUUGUCCAAAUUGAAUUCGAACGAGUCAAUAUGUCAUAAUUUACAAAAUUACGCUUGUGGCGGAUGGUUCGCCUCCAAUCCGUUACCAAAAGAUCGUAGUGAAUGGAAUUUGAAAGAAUUACUUCAAUUUCAAUAUAGACGGAAAAUUCACGAAUUGAUCCAUACAACUCCUGUAGCGACAGAACCAUCUUCCCUAUUAUGGAAAUUGAAAACUGCAUAUGAUGCGUGCAUGAAUGUCGGUGACAUCAGAACCGAUAAAGCGCUGGAGGCAGCUAUCGCAUCUGAAUUAGGAGGAUGGGAAGUGAUGCAUGGCUUCUCUAUAUCAGCAUGGGACCUGCGAAAAACCUUAACCAUUUUGUACUCAAAAUAUAGCGUAUCGCCAUUUUUUAUUGUUGAUGUUGUACCUGAUGUUACAGAUAGUCCUAAAAAUAUAAUUCGGUUGCGACCACCUCAACUUGGCCUGCCGAAUAAAAGUUAUUAUUCUUUAAGUGAUAAUGAUCCCGUGAUAGUAUUAUAUAAGCAUUAUAUUAAAGAUAUUGUUCAAUUAUUCGGCGCUACAGUCACCGAUGCUGUUAAAUUUGGCGAGAGUAUGUUUUAUUUUGAAAAACGUGUCGCCGAAAUUCUAGAGAACGAUGACGAUGUACAAACAAAUUACACAAGAAUAGCGAUAGGAGAUCUCAACGGAAUAUUAGUACAGAUUCCAUUGUAUGAAAUAUUAUUGGGAAAAUUUGCCAAAGUGAAAAAUUCAGAUUACGUAUUGGUCUCAUCGAUGCCAUAUUUCCGAAAUUUGGCAAAACUUCUCAGCUUCACAGAUUUAACAAGUUUGAAUAAUUACUUGAUUUGGCGUUUAAUUUCGGAAUAUCUUCCAUACUUUCCACAGAAAUAUAUAGAGACAUUGAAUUUAUACAAGAAAGAAUUUACAGGUGAAAGUGAGCCAAUGCCCAGAUGGGAAUUUUGUAUAGCUACGUUACAAAAAUUCGCUGGAUUUGGACUUCUAUCUUUAUACGAAAAUAACUUGAAAGAUCAAGAAGAAACAAAUGCAGUCAUAAGUAAUUUAUUCAGUGAACUUUCAACAGUGAUUAAGAAAGAUAUUUUAUCAAAUAAGAAAAACGAGUUACAGAAUAACCUUUUAGAUAGACUGAAUAAAGUAGGAAUUCAGAUCGGUUUACCUACUUUCAUGUUACAACAGAAGUACGUUAAUUCUUAUUAUGCCUCAUUAAAUGCAAUGCGAUAUGACUUUUAUCAAACCAUUCAGUAUGGCGUUAACUUUCUUAAAGAAGACAUGGAAAAGAGAUUAUUCAACCCUCAAGAAGAAUACAGAUGGAUUGAUAAUAUGGUAUUGAAUCCUACCAGCGUCACUUUCAACUCUGACGUAGAUAAAGUUAUUGUACCAUCAGCUGUUUUACAGCAACCAUUUUUCGAAAAAGAAUACGGUUUACCCUCUUUAUACGGCGGUAUAGGAACAGAAAUCUCAAAAGCUAUAAUUUCCAGUUUACUGGUGGACAAAACUUAUUAUGAAAAUGGCAAAAAAAUAAAUCCAAGUUUUCAAGAAGGCAACAGUGAGAUUACCGGCAGAACAUUAUUACAAUAUUUAUCAGAUUGCAUAUUGCGUAAAAAUGUCGCCAAUUUGAACGUAACUGAAAAACAAUCACUGAUUAGUGCUUUAAUUGGAAUUAAAUACGCUUAUAAAGGUUUAACUAACGAACUUUCCAAUCUAAAUAUUCACACGCAUCAACCUGCCUUGGAAACUUUCGAAAAUGAAGAAUUAUUUUUUAUUAUCAGUACACAAUCAUCGUGUUCCAUAAAAAAUUCGAAGAAAGAGAAUCACGAGAAUACAUACCAGAAGACUUCGAGCGAUAAAUUUUUAACGAAAGCAAUAUCCAAGUAUUUGAAUGAAUUUACCGAAGUAUUUUCUUGCGAAGAAAAAUCUGCUUACUAUGAAAGCUCUCUAUGUAGGACUUAACUUUAAUAAAUUUUUUUUACUUUUUUA